AUGUUGAUUUCUAGCUGCACCUACAACAACAACAACAACCACUACUCCUCCUCCAACAACAACCACCACUACUUCAACAACCACCACUACUACCACCACUGCUCCAACAACCACCACUACUUCAACAACCACCACUACUACCACCACUACUCCAACAACCACCACUACUUCAACAACCACCACUACUACCACCACUGCUCCAACAACCACCGCCACUACUCCCACAACAACCACCACUAUUCCAACAACAACAACCACCACUGCUCCAACAACCACCACUACUUCAACAACCACCACUACUACCACCACUGCUCCAACAACCACCACUACUUCAACAACCACCACUACUACCACCACUACUCCAACAACCACCACUACUUCAACAACCACCACUACUACCACCACUGCUCCAACAACCACCACCACUACUCCCACAACAACCACCACUAUUCCAACAACAACAACCACCACUACUCCAACAACCACCACUACUUCAACAACCACCACUACUACCACCACUACUCCAACAACCACCACUACUUCAACAACCACCACUACUACCACCACUACUCCAACAACCACCACCACUACUCCCACAACAACCACCACUAUUCCAACAACAACGACCACUACUACUCCAACAACCACCACUACUCCAACCACCACCACUACUCCAACAACAAACACCACCACUUCUCCAUAAACAGUCACUACUACUACUCCAACAGCAACCACCACCACUCCAACCUCCACCACUACUCCAGAAACAACCACCACUACUCCAGCCAUCACCACCACUACUCCAGUAGCAAAUACUGCUACCCCCCAAACAACCAUUACUAG